UUACAGGUGUUAGGAAACAAGCCAGAGCUUCCUGAGUGUGGUGAUGAUGAUGAUGAGACAGCUGAUAUUGUGAACAGGAGGAGUGCUAAAUUGUAUAUGGUGUCAGAUGCAAGUGGGUCCAUGAAGGUGUCACUGGUAGCAGAGGAGAACCCCUUCUCCAUGGCUAUGCUCUUGUCUGAAGAGUGCUUCAUUUUGGACCAUGGCACUGCAAGAAAGAUCUUCGUGUGGAAAGGCAAAGAUGCUAACCCACAAGAGAGAAAGGCAGCCAUGAAGAAUGCGGAGGAAUUCAUUCAGCAGAUGAAUUAUCCUGCCAACACACAGAUUCAAGUUCUUCCAGAAGGAGGUGAAACACCAAUCUUCAAACAGUUUUUCAAAGACUGGAAGGAUAAAGAUCAAAGCGAUGGCUUUGGAAAAGUUUAUGUCACAGAGAGAGUGGCUAAAAUUGAGCAGAUUGAAUUUGAUGCUACCAAGUUACAUGAGUCUCCACAGAUGGCCGCCAAACAUAAUAUGGUAGAUGAUGGUUCAGGGAAAGUAGAGAUCUGGCGUGUUGAAGACAGCGGCAGAGUUCCUGUGGAGCCCGAGACGUAUGGGCAGUUCUAUGGGGGUGACUGCUACAUUAUACUCUAUACUUACCCUAAAGGGCAGAUCAUCUACACGUGGCAAGGAGCUCAGACUACAAAAGAUGAACUGACUGCAUCCGCGUUUCUGACUGUUCAGCUCGAUCGGUUAUUGAAUGGUCAGGCCGUGCAGAUCCGAGUCAGCCAAGGCAAAGAGCCCGCCCAUUUACUGAGCUUGUUCAAAAAUAAACCCCUCAUUAUUUACAAGGAUGGGACAUCAAAGAAGGAAGGUCAGAAACCUGCUCCCCCAACACGGCUCUUCCAAAUCCGCAGGAACCUGACAUCCACUACCAGGAUUGUGGAGGUUGAUGUUGAUGCAACGUCCCUGAACUCCAAUGAUGUCUUUGUUCUGAAACUGCCAAACAACUCUGGCUACACCUGGGUUGGAAAAGGAGCAAACAAAGAAGAGGAACAAGGAGCUCAGUACAUUGCCAGUGUUCUUAGAUGCCAAGCUCCUAAGAUUAAUGAAGGCCAGGAACCAGAGGAAUUCUGGAAGACACUUGGAGGUAAAAAAACAUAUCAGACUUCAUCACAACUCUUGACAAAGGCUGAAGAUCAUCCACCUCGUCUGUAUGGCUGUUCUAAUAAGACAGGCAGAUUUAUUAUUGAGGAAGUCCCAGGAGAAUUCACUCAGGAUGAUUUGGCUGAAGAUGAUGUCAUGUUGCUGGAUGCUUGGGAGCAGGUUUUCGUCUGGAUUGGGAAAGAUGCUAAUGAAACUGAGCGGCAGGAGUCUGUUAAAUCUGCCAAGCGCUAUAUUGAAACAGACCCUUCUGGAAGAGAUAAGGGGACCCCCGUUGUUAUUGUGAAGCAAGGAUACGAACCCCCGACGUUCACAGGCUGGUUCCUGGCCUGGGAUUCCAAUAAAUGGAAAAACUGAUCUAUCCAAGAACGCCUCAGCUUCAAGCCAAAGAAUGAUCAGAGCACAGCUAGUAUUUUUAAGCAUAAGCUUGUGCAUCUGUUGUUACUCUUUUCUCCAGCUUUGAUAUAUUUCUAUGAAUAACCCAGAAGUUCUCAGCUCUGGGAAGGCUAAAUGCUAAUGGUGAAUGUGUCAGAUGGGCCG